CACAGCAGCAGGUAUUAAACGUGUUGCAGUCAUGGGAGCCAUGGAGGUUUUUCUCCAGUCAUUCAGCCCAGUUUCAGUUUUAGUGGCUGUGGUUUUAAUCCUCAUUGGGUUUUACUUUAUUCUCUCUAAGUCCAGGCCUCAGGGCCACAGACAGGGACCACCAGGACCAAAACCGCUUCCCAUCAUUGGCAACCUGCUGCAGCUGGAUGUUAAGAGGCUUGACCAAGCAUUCCUGAAGCUUUCUAAGACCUAUGGAUCUGUGUUCACUGUCCACAUGGGACCAAAGAAGACAGUGGUCCUGAUAGGGUAUAAGACGGUGAAAGAAGCAUUAGUCAGUUAUGCUGAGGAGUUUGGAGAACGGGAACCACCCACCGUGGCUAAAGAAGCAAACCUGCAUCACGGCGUUGCAUGGGCCAAUGGAGACUCCUGGAAGGAAAUGCGUCGCUUUGCUUUGACCAACCUGAAGGACUUUGGGAUGGGAAAGAAAGUAUGUGAGGAGAAAAUCAUUGAGGAAUGUCACGUCCUCAUCCAGAAGUUAAAGGAGUUUAAAGGUGAAGCUGUUGAUUUGUCCCAACAUAUAAACUAUGCAGUUUGUAAUAUAAUCUGCUCCAUGGUUUAUGGCAAAAGAUUUGAAUAUGAUGAUCCAGAGUUCACUGCCGUUGUAAAUCGAACGAACCAAGGCAUUCAGCUGUUGGGCUCGCCAUCAGUAAAGCUGUACAGCAUGUUCCCAAAGAUUGGCAAACGGUUUUCUUCAGCCAGAGAGAAAGUGAGGGGACUAUUUCUUGCCAAUAAACAACAUCAUCUGAUGCUGCUGAACCGUUUGAAAGAGACUCUCAGUCCACCGAUGUGCAGAGGAGUUGCAGACGCUUUCCUCAUCCGUCAACAGCAACUCAAGUCAUUCAGCCCAGUUUCAGUUUUAGUGGCUGUGGUUUUAAUCCUCAUUGGGUUUUACUUUAUUCUCUCUAAGUCCAGGCCUCAGGGCCACAGACAGGGACCACCAGGACCAAAACCGCUUCCCAUCAUUGGCAACCUGCUGCAGCUGGAUAUUAAGAGGCUUGACCAAGCAUUCCUGAAGCUUUCUAAGACCUAUGGAUCUGUGUUCACUGUCCACAUGGGACCAAAGAAGACAGUGGUCCUGACAGGGUAUAAGACGGUGAAAGAAGCAUUAGUCAGUUAUGCUGAGGAGUUUGGAGAACGGGAACCACCCACCGUGGCUAAAGAAGCAAACCUGCAUCAUGGCGUUGUAUGGGCCAAUGGAGACUCCUGGAAGGAAAUGCGUCGCUUUGCUUUGACCAACCUGAAGGACUUUGGGAUGGGAAAGAAAGUAUGUGAGGAGAAAAUCAUUGAGGAAUGUCACGUCCUCAUCCAGAAGUUAAAGGAGUUUAAAGGUGAAGCUGUUGAUUUGUCCCAACAUAUAAACUAUGCAGUUUGUAAUAUAAUCUGCUCCAUGGUUUAUGGCAAAAGAUUUGAAUAUGAUGAUCCAGAGUUCACUGCCGUUGUAAAUCGAACGAACCAAGGCAUUCAGCUGUUGGGCUCGCCAUCAAUACAGCUGUACAGCAUGUUCCCAAAGAUUGGCAAAUGGCUGUUUUCAGCCAGACAGAAAAUGAGGGAAAUAUUUCUUGCCAAUAAACAACAUCAUCUGAUGCUGCUGAACCGUUUGAAAGAGACUCUCAGUCCACCGAUGUGCAGAGGAGUUGCAGACGCUUUCCUCAUCCGUCAACAGCAACUCAAGGAAUCUGGAAUCACUGACAGUUUCUACAACAACGAAAACCUUCUGAUGACAGUCAUGAACCUGUUUGCUGCUGGAACUGAAACAACAUCCACUACCCUGAGAUGGGCAUUCCUCUUUAUGGCCAAAUAUCCAAAAAUACAAGACCAGGUCCGGCAGGAGCUGAGGAAUGUGAUUGGAAGUCGCCAAGUUCAGGUUGAAGACAGACAAAACCUGCCUUUUACAGACGCCGUCAUCCACGAGACACAGAGAUUGGCCAACAUUGCUCCUUUGGCAGUUCCUCACAGGACUAGCCAAGACGUCAUUUUCCACGGUCAUUUUAUUGAGAAGGGAACUCCAGUAAUUGCUGUUUUAACAUCCGUCCUGCAAGAUGAGAGCGAAUGGGAGAAACCCAACGUCUUUUAUCCAGGCAACUUCCUUAGCAAAGAUGGGAACUUCCUCAAGCGAGACGCCUUCAUGCCUUUUUCAGCAGGUCGCAGGGUUUGCCUUGGAGAGAGUCUGGCCAGAAUGGAGCUCUUCAUCUUCUUCGCCACGCUCCUGCAGCACUUCAGAUUUUCUCCUCCAGCUGGAGUUACAGAGGAAGAACUCGAUCUAACGCCACGAGUUGGUGGUACUCUGAACCCUCAACCUCACACGCUUUGUGUUGUCCCUUUAAAUUAAGGAGGGGCCUAUAUGUGGAAAAAAUUUACUUUUGUCACAGUAGUAGGAAGAGAAGGAGUUUCAGGAAGGAAGUUCUGUACUUGAAACCUUAAAACUCAGGGGCUAGGGCAAACACAACCUCUUUGCAGAACAAAGAGAAGGUCUCUCUUUCACCUGUGGUUCGUUUGGGCAACAUCAGCGAUACAACCUGAAAUCUCCUCCUACUGGCAGAGAAAAGGUCUGCUUCUUGCCCUCGCCAGUGUUGGGAUUUAUUUUGAAAAAUGUGACACAAAUUCAAAUAAUCUGUAUAUAGAAAUUGGAUGGUUUCAUUUAUAAAUAUACUUCAAAUGCAAUCAAGACAUAAAAUGAUGUGAAUAAAAUCUGUCCAUAAAUCUUUUACCUCUCAGAAAACAGAAGAUGAUAAAUUUUUCAUGUUUUGUAGUAAUAAAGAUUUUUCUGCUGAA